AUGGGUUCUGCUGCUUCCAAACCAGCAAAAUCUGCCGUUGGUGCAGCUUCGCGCCAAUAUCCCAAGAAGGCCGCUCCUCCGCCCAGAACACCAGCACCGGCUUCAAAAGGCAGAAAAGCUAAAGCACCUCAGGCUCCGAGUGCGCCUACACCACAAAGCCGAGCUCCAGCCUCUGCGCCCCAGGGACCUACAUACCAUUCAAAAGAGCAACCCUCAGGUACAAAAUCCAGUGCAAUUGAGCUCGAUGGCCGUGAUCCAGACUUCGCCGCCUCCCUCCGAAGUAUCGGCCCAGUCGACCCAUCCAGGAACUACAUAAACCACCGCUCAAUACAAACCGUCUUCCCCACAGAUUCCAACCCAGCACUUCUAGUCGCAAGCGCUCGCAAACGAAUUGAAAAGGCUGCACAGGAAGAAAACGCACAAAUUGGACUAGGCGCGGGCCGCCAGUACUUGGAUUCCUUCACAAUCACACAAGCGCUGUCAAUGCGUGAUCAACAGCGUUUGCCUGUUAGCGAGAUUGAGAAGUCUCUACGGCUGAAGAAGGGGACAUUGGAUAAGCUUGGGCAGCGCGGACUUUACUCUCGGGCUGUAUAG